CAUAUGGAGCAAAGGAACAAUGUGACUGAGUUUGUGCUCUUGGGGCUCACUCAGAGCCUCCAGGGUCAGAAAAUAUUGUUUGCUGUGUUCUUCCUGAUCUAUGUGGUAACAAUGACAGGAAACCUCCUCAUUGUUGUGACUGUGGUACUCAGUCCAUCCCUGAAUGCCCCUAUGUUCUUCUUUCUUGGCUACUUAUCAUUUAUGGAUGUUGCCUAUUCUAACACAGCUACCCCAAAUUUGCUGAUAGACUUACUUCAUGUGAAGAAAACCAUUUCCUUCCAAGCUUGUAUGACUCAGCUUUUUUUAGAACACUUUUUUGGUGGUGCUGAGAUUUUGCUCCUGGUGGCCAUGGCCUAUGACCGCUACGUGGCCAUCUGCAAACCCCUGCAUUAUCUGACCAUCAUGAGCCAACGGAUGUGUUUCCUGCUCCUGCUGCUGGCCUGGAUUGGGGGUUUUGUGCAUGCCACACUGCAUAUUAUGUUUGUUUAUAAUCUUCCUUUCUGUGGCCCAAAUGUCAUUGACCACUUCAUCUGUGACAUUCACCCCUUAUUAAAACUCACCUGUACUGACACCUACAUUAUUGGUCUUGCAGUGUUGGCCAAUGAUGGAGCAAGCUGUGUGGUCAUCUUCACACUCUUAUUAAUAUCCUAUGUGGUCAUUCUGUACUCCCUGAAGAACCUGAGUCAGGAAGGCAAGCACAAGGCCUUAUCCACCUGUGGCUCCCACAUUACGGUGGUUGUCCUCUUCUUUGUUCCUUGCAUUAUUCUAUUUGUGAGGCCUCCUUUUACCUUGUCCACUGAUAAAUAUUUAGCUGUGUUUUACACUAUUAUCACUCCUAUGCUGAACCCUGUCAUUUAUACUCUGAGAAAUUCAGAGAUGAAGAGUGCCAUGAAGAAUCUCUGGGCUAGAAAAUAA